GUGGCCAUGAUGGCUACAUACAUACAUUAAUGUCCGGGGUGUGGCAGUCACUUAAGAAACCUGUGGCCAUGUUUCUUGGUAUUCUGAAAUCCUGAAAUCCUGAAAACAGUCAAAUGAGAGGGCACAGCAAACAGGGAAAGGCUCUUGAGAACAGGAAGGAGGUUGACGUUAUUUCCGCAGGCUUUGGACCGGGGAAAGUUGUUUCCUGAAGUUGACACUGGUGAUCAUUUCCACACCUAAGCUCUGGAGCUUCUUGUACAAAAAUGUCUCCGACAGGUUUUUUGCAUUUUUGGUAAUAGUCGUCUUGAUCCCUCGCCAGAUUGACUCUGUCUGAGGAAAACAUGAGCUCCAGGAGUGAACAAGACUCGGAGGCGAGCCUGCAGGCCCAGCUAGCCGAGUGCCGAGCUCAGGUGGAGCACUGGCAGGGCGUGGCGACGAUCUGCGAGCUGAGCAAACAGGAGGAACUGGCAGAGCUGCAGAAACAAUGUGAUCAAGAGAUCCAGUCUCUGCAGGAGGCUCUCAGAGAGACAGCUGCGCAGUAUGAAGCCAGGCUCUCAGUCCUCCAGUCUCAGUCUGGAGAGUGGAGGAGAGCCAGCGGGCAGAGCAUGAUCAGUGGAAGGAAAGGCAAUAAUGAAUCUUCAUCAUCGCUCACCAACAGCCUGUCUGAGGCGGUGGCGGUGGAGCGGAGGCAAAACCAGCCGGCAGAUCUCGAGACGUCGACGGAGGGAGAAGGGACGCCUCCUACGUCAGAAGCGUAUUUUUCUCUGCGGCACUGCGACUCGGCCUCGCUGUCCUCCUUCUCCCUAGACACGCCCUCUCUGCCCAGGAAGCUCCACGCUCAGGAGGACACCGACUCUCUGGUCUCCACGGGAACCCUGGUUCCUGAAGCCAUCUACCUGCCGCCCGCCGGACACCGACUGGUCACUCUCGGAGACUGGGACGCUCUCAAUGCUCAGGUGUCGGAGCUGCGAGGCGAGGUGAGUCAGCUGCAGGAGGAGAAGGAGGAGCUGGAGAGAGAGCUGGACACACAAACCAACAAAACACACAAACAGGUGUCAAUGCUCCAGGCUCAGGUCCACACCUCAGAGGCCCUCCUCCAGGAUCUGCAGAAAUCUUUCAGCCAAUCACAGAGCGCCGUCCAGAGUCGGCUGGCAGAGUUGUCCCUCUCCCAGAGGAAGGUUUGCACCGAGCUGUCCCGACUCAAAGGAGAGGAGGUGGAGGAUGAGCCAGACUCCUUCCCUGCAACACUGCAGGGUGCGCACUGUGAGGAGCGUCUUCGCAUCGAGAUUGUGAACCUCCGGGAUCAGCUGGAUACCCGCACAGAGGAGAACGGUCUGUGGAUCAUCGGUAUUUAUUUUGUUGUCUCAACACUCGCUGUCUUGACUCUAAAAUAUGUUUCAUUCUCUCCUCCUGUCUGCACCAAUUGGCACCUCCGAUCCUCAGAAGUUUUAGAAGUGCGUCUGUCCAGUCUGAAGACAGAGACAGAGAGGAUCUCUGCUCAGAAGGAUCAGCUGCAGGCCGAGCUGCUGUCCUGCUGCACCGAGCUGGAGGCCCUGCGGGUGGCGCUGUCUCACGUGCAGAGCACCUGCAAGGCCCUCAGCAAUGACAAAGCGGCGCUGCAGCAGCAGUGUCUGGAGCUGCGCAGUCAGGUGAUCAGUAUGCGCAGCCAGGUGGACACCAGCCAGACGGUUCAGAGAGACUUCGUGCAGCUCUCUCAGUCCCUGCAGAUGAAGCUGGAGGUGAUCCGGCAGGCGGAGACUCUGGAGCAGGUCAGAGAGAUCCUGGAGGAUGGAGUGAGGGAAGCUGCUUCCUCUCCUGCAGACGCCUCGUGAGCUUCAGAGAGUCACACUGGAACCAAAGAACAGAGACCAAUAAGGACCAAAUAACCAUCACCAGGAGAAACACUGUCGGGAGUUCUGGGACCUUUUUAGGAUGGAUAUCCUGAAGAGACAUUAUUUUAGUUUCAGACGUGUUGAAGACUCGCACUGAGACCAAAGCGAACCUUGAAUGUUUUGGGGACACUCUAAGAACAUUUGUAACAUGCUUAUUCCUUUACUAAUACAUAUGGAAAUGUAUUUUCUGUUUGAACUGACAUGACUCCAAACACUCAACCAACACUUGAUGUAUUGUGAAGGCGGACCUCUAAAAGCAAAGGAUCACAGUGCAAUAAUGAAUAACGCUGAUACUAAGUAGAAACUCUCCUAAAUCAACUGCAUUCCAGGUUUGAUUUUAACUUUAAGCAUUAAUAUGUUUCCUCUUUUAGCUUUACAUGAAUGCUCCUGUUGCCACACAAUCAUAAAGGCUAAUUUAUGGUUGCGGAUAAGGACAGAAGCCAAGCAAAAAAAACAAAAACCUAUGAAGAAAUGUGAAUAUGUAACAUUUUGUCAUCUUUUCUUUUAAUACAUAUUGUAAGUAUAAGAUAGGCUGUCACUAUCUUUCAUAAUGAAAUAUGAUAAAGUUUCUCAACCCUGG